AUGGAAGUUAACAUAAAUGGAGAAUCCAGAACUACCUUAGCCACCCUCCCUCUGCCUCUGGCAGAGGUGAGCCCUGGGGGCAGGAUGGAAGCAGAGAAGCCUCGCUGUUCCAGUACCCCCUGCUCACCAAUACGACGGAUGGUUGCAGGAUAUCAGAUCCUUCACAUGGAUUCUAACUACCUGGUUGGCUUCACGACUGGAGAGGAGCUGCUGAAAUUAGCCCAGAAGUGUACAGGAAGUGAGGAGAAUAAAGGGGAAUCUGGGCUGAACUUGCGGUCCAAACAGUUUGAUUCAGGACUUGCGCGUUCCUCACGUUUGUACAAAACUAGAAGUAGGUACUAUCAGCCAUAUGAGAUCCCAGCAGUAAAUGGUAGGAGGAGGCGGCGGAUGCCCAGCUCAGGGGAUAGAUGCACUAAGGCUUUACCAUAUGAACCUUACAAGGCACUUCACGGUCCUCUGCCUCUUUGCCUUUUGAAAGGAAAAAGGGCUCAUUCAAAAUCACUGGACUACCUCAAUUUAGACAAAAUGAGCAUUAAGGAACCUGCUGACACAGAAGUGCUACAAUACCAGCUACAACACCUUACCCUUAGAGGGGACCGUAUGUUUGCAAGAAAUACCCCAUAA